GACAGCAUGUAAAUAGUUUUUGUUUGAAAAGAAAUAUAUUUCUUGCAACAUUUAUCAAUGGAUUAUUUUAUUGUGUCGUUGUCACAUCAACAAGGGCCAUGAUUUUGUUCCAAUCAUGGUGUUGGUAUUGUCCAAAUCCUUUAAAAGGAGUGAGGUUGUUCUGGGCAGCGACAUGUUAUGUGAAGAUUGUCUUGACCAUCACAGUGUAUAUUCCCGGUAUACUGUGUAUCCAGGGCUCAAAGUUUGCGAGUCUCGGUGGACAACAGAUUCUUGACUGUGAUCUCAGAUUUCCUGAUGGGAAGGAAGUGACGUACAUGGUUGACUGGAAAAAAGACGGGCUCGACAAAUCUGUGCUCGUGAAAUUUGAUGGCUAUGCUGCAAAUGUGCAUCCUCAAUUUGAGGAAAGAGUGCGAUUAGUUAACGGAAUAUCUCUGGAAAUAAGUCAUAUACAAGAGUCAGAUGAGGGAUGGUUCGAGUGUAAUGUGAUAUAUUUAAAUGGCAUUGAUAAUAAAGAAGCCAAUGGCACUUGGAUUUACCUUAAUGUAUACAUUCCACCCAAGCUCAUAUCUAGCUCACCACAGUCUUUCCAUCAACCUUUGGGCUCAUCCGCCCGUAUAUACUGCAAAGCGGGCGGCAACCCCCCACCCCGCGCCUGGUGGACAAAGGAUGAUCACCCUAUCCAGCUCUCAUCCCGAGUCACGCUCGAGAAAGGGGGCAGCGAAAUCAUCAUUACAGAUUUACAGAAACGGGACGGGGGAAUAUAUAAGUGUACCUUCAAUAACACUGUCGGACUUAUUGCGCAAUCCAUACAUCUCAUAGUUGAAGGUCAAGCAUAUAUCAUUGGUCACCCUAGCAACAAGACAGCAGUCCUGGGCCAGCGGAUCCAGUUCAAAUGUGAGGCGCGGGGAUACCCUACGAAUAUUACAUACAGAUGGUACAAGGAUGAACGUAAUGUGAACAUGUUGCAGGGUUUUGGGUCCCGGCUGCUGGUACAGACGGAUGGCUCCCUCGUCAUCACGACUGUUGAGAAGGAGGACAUGGGCUGGUACCAGUGUCGACCCACCAAUGGUAUUGGACAGGAUCCGGAGGCCGUCGCUUUUCUUAAUGUUACAUACCAGCCAGAGGUGUUGAUAGACCAGAUGCCUCGCAGCGUGAUAUGGGCCCUUGGCUUCAAGGAGAGGCUUGACUGUCCAGUCGAUGCUAAUCCUCUUGUGCACGAGACAGUUUGGACAAGAAAUGGAAUCGUUAUAAACCACCAAUCAAAUCUGCGCCUUUCCCUUCUGAGAAAUGGCAGCCUCCUUGUGGAUCCAGUUAUGAUGUCAUAUUCCGGGAAUUAUCGAUGUACGGCGAUCAGUACAAUCGGGACGGGCGAUUCUCAGAUUGUUCAAGUAGAAGUCCGAGACCCUCCAAGGUUUACAGUUCGCCCAGACUCCCAGUACAUUCUACAGCUCGACCAAUCAGUGACUCUCCCCUGUGUUGUUAUGGGAACACCUCUACCAACAAUCUCAUGGAGAAGGGUUUUGGGAAGUAUACUUCUUGGAGGUCGAAUUCAACAAAAUGGAGGAAACCUGACCAUCAAUGCUCUAGAAAAGUCUGACCAUGGUGUUUACGAAUGUGAGGCUAGAAACGAGGUCCGCACCAUCGUCACAAGCACGGAGAUCGUCAUCCAGACUACGAGCCCCAAGGGACCGGGUACAUGUUCAAGUUGUGCUCUACAUUACACCACACCCCAUGCUCCAUACAACAUCUCUGUGGAAACACAGCUGUUCGCAGCUACGGUGCGAUGGAUUCCAGCUUAUAGUAGCUCCUUGCAGUACUUCAAAAUAUGGUACCGUCCAGUAGUAAAUGGCAUCCCGGGCAAAUGGUCAACAUUCCGAGUAGAGCCCCAGAAUGCCACACGAUUCACCCUGUACGGCCUUGAACCUGACACCUUAUACGAAUUUAAGGUUCUCGCCAUCAACGACCUUGGCGAGGGGAAUUUCAGCAGCACUGUACACGCCAAAACACUUGCCAAAGACAACCAAUCAACACUUUCUGGGUAUCUGGAUGGAAACCCCAAUGUGGCUCCGACAGAUGAAACAGGACACACAUACUUCCCUCCUAUAGUUAGCUCUACUGGCGACAAGCCUUCCAAGCCUGUCAAUGUGUCAGUGACAUUGGAACAAAACAGCAUAGUUGUUACAUGGGACCAGCCAGCCAUAUCUCCGGUCACAAUAUUCUACUUCAUAGUGGAAUACAACCAUGGUGUUCAGUGGACUAAGUCGGGCCCCAUUAAGGCUCCUGACAUGAAGUUUGUGUUAAGUCCCGUGGAGGAGGGGGUGACUUAUAGUUUCCGAGUUGUAUCUUAUGGGAUACUCGCUUUUAGCAUUCCAAGUGAAGUGAAAAAUAUACAAGUACCAAAAGCGGGAACAAGCAAAGCUGGUAGCACAAUAAACUACUCAACAGACUCCGACGAGGGUUUUGGACUCUCCAGCACUGAGGUUGGAGGCAUAAUCGGUGGUCUGCUCUUUCUUGUUGUUGCGGUAACACUGGCUGUGAUCGCCGUCAUCUGCAGUAGGCGCAAGGACCGCAGAAAACACCAGGACAAAUACGGCAAUGUCAAAUAUGCAGGGGCCAAAGAUGAAAUGGAUGGAAGACCUGAGUAUCCGCCAGAAUGGAGUGAACCACCGCCAUAUGGAGGAGGACACCAUCUAGCCAAUAAGAAUGCAGGGUUUCAGGGGAAUGAGACGGGCAUAUUUGUACUGCCAAAAUCAGGACAAAUGUACAACAGCUUACAAACCGGUGAUAAUGUAUUGUUUCGUGAUCAUGAUAGACUUAUGUAUGACGCCGAGUUGGGUCGAAGUGUUCGAAAUAGCAGCUAUAAUGACAGCGGUUAUCCAGACUUUGUAAAUAAUGUGGAUAGAAACAGCACAAUUAACUCAAAUAGAAGGCUAGUGUCAUAUGAUGAAAACAGUAGGUCUAGAGAUACUAGCAGUAGGAACACUUCACGUAAUCGCUCCAGAUCUCAGCCCGCAUGGCGCCAUAGCGACGGACCAAAAUAUCCUGUUCCACAACGACCACGUGGUCACUCCUUGCCUAGAGAUAGUUUCCAAGGUGACCCCAGUUAUUCAGACGAUACUAUGAGGUAUGGUCCCCAAUCCCAGGUUCCUCCAAGGUCUCCCCAGCAUCCAGCAGCUCAGACCCCAGUUUUCACCCCUGUUCAGCCACAUCAGAGGUCUACCUCUCACUUCCAUGGCGACCAGACAAGUGACGAAGACGUGUUCAUGCCACCACCACCACCACUUCCCCCUGUGACAAGACGACCAGCCUUUCCCAGACACAGUUCAAUGAAACCAGGAUCUCAGCAGACAUAUUUGACAGAUGAUAUUGACACUUCAGGUCGACCUUUCUUGACCUCUGACAUAAGCUCAGUUCUCCCCUCACCUUUCUCUGACUCCGCUAUGAGAAGACCAUAUCAGCCUUACCAGCGUCAGUACCAUGAUCCCCCAUAUCAGAAUCUGCCAUUUAACGGAAGCUCAUUUAUUGGUGUAGAUAAUAGUCGAGAUGGUAGCUAUGGUGACAAUGACAACACGGUUGUUGCUAGGCAACAAAGUUCACAAUAUUCACCUGAGAGAACAAUGACAAAUACACUUCCUCGAGGUGACAGUAGUGAAAGUAAUGGUAAGCCAUACAAUUACACUAGGGACCAGUUAUUAGGAGCAGUUGAUCAGGUCAGGCGCGGAAAAGUUCCUAUGCAUAAAGGUCAAGGUCAUUCAUGGGGAUCAAGGUCAGGUAAUUCUGACAAUUCAUCACUUAAUAAUGGACAUCAUGGUGCUCAAAUCCCAGAAAGUGCAAAACCUUCAGUUAUUGUUAGGGAUCGUCCUAGUAGAAGUUAUCUCAAUGGCCAAGAGCCUUACAAAAGACACAGUGGGGUGAAUAAUAGAAACAGUAUGAACAGCACUGGCAGCUAUGUUGGAAAUGGAAGAGAAAGGUCAAGGUCACUGGGCAGGGAAGAUCUUACACCAGACUCACUGAGCAGUGGUAUAGGGAGUCGGAACACAUCUCAGCUGACUGGUUCCUCUCUGCAUUCCCGCCCAUCUAGACUGGGUUCCGGUCUCAGCGCCCCUGAUAUGAGUGCAGACUCCGGGGCACAUAUGGGUUAUCAUCCUGCCCCUCAGAGAAAGGACAUUUCUGGAGAUGAAAAUUAUGAGUUUGAUUCUUACAAUGCUGUUGAGACUGAUUUGUUAGAAGCUUUGAAAAACUAUUCAGAAGUUAAUAAUGGCAAUGGUGAAUUGUUAAGUGCUCUUCAGGAGGGACUAAGUGCUACUGGUCUGAUGUCAGAAUUAUAUCCAAAACCUUCAAGGCAAAGUAGGUAUUCACACUCAGAGCAACGGUUUGAAAAACUAAGAGGGGAGUAUCAAAAGUAUCGCCAACAACAGGAGCAGGAUAGAUCAGUAGCUAGUUUAAGAAAUGGAGGAAUGAGAGGGAUGGUAAACAAAUACCCAUCACAUCGAGGCGAGAAUGACAGCUACACGUCCACUACGAGUUCAAGAUUUUCAGGGGGUCAACCAGAACAAGGGAUGCAGUAUUACAGCAGGCCAGGGGAAUUGUCUUACAAAGCUGGACCAAUGGAUAGUGACAUGCUAUAGAGAAAAUUUGGAUCGUCCAUAUGAUUUAAAAAUUUAUAAUAAAGAGUGCAUGAAAUGUCAAACAUCCCUUACUGUCUUCAAUUUUUAUUUUCAUAAAUUUCUAAAUCUCUUAAUUCAGAAUAGAGUUAUUUUGAAGUAAAAAAGACGCAUGAAAAAAGCAUAAGCAUACAUAAAAGAAUCUUUAAAAAUAAAACACAAAAUUUAAAGAAAUGCAUGGAAUUCUAGACAUUCUUCAAGUUAGCUGUGGCCUAGCAGAUUAAAUAAGUUUGAGGCAGUAAAAGAUAUUCUACUUUCAUGUGCUUAAAAUUCCUUGAUGUAGUUUCAAUAUUGAAAUUUAUACAUAUCACAGUAUUUGCCAAAUACUGCCUCCAUUAAAAAACUAUCAUUCCAAAAUUGAUUAUGCAUGAAUGUUUUCAUUUAUCAGACUGGUUAAUUUAUUGUGUUCAUGAAAUCUUGACAAAUGUUUCAGUGUUCUAAUGGCUUAGUUUCCAGUUUCCUUUCAUAACCUAUUAUUAAACAUUGAAUGCCAUUGUAUUCUCUUCAAAAUGGCUGUUGGUCAUUGUUUUAGGGUUUAAGACUAUAUGAUUUUAGUUUGAAGUCAUGAAUUAAGGUAUUUGAAUGUUUAGCUACACAUAAGUAAAACUCAUUUGCAAUGGAGUGUAUAUUAAGGAUAUGUUUUUAAUCAGAUUACAUUCAUUUGCUAUUGUAUUAAAUAUUUUGUUGAUAAUGUAUCAUUUAUUUCCAAAGAAAUAUAACAAUUGUUAAGGAAUAUAAUUGAUCUUGUAAUAGAACCGUGGAAUUUGUAUUAUGAAUACAUUUUAUUGUGUGUAAAUAGAUAUUUAACAUUGGCAUGUGUCAAUGUUUUAUUAAGGUGCCUUUACAUAUUAAAGUGUUGUUAAAAUAAAUACAUGUAUGGUAUGUACUUUGUUUGUGUAAUUGUUUGUUUCAUAAGGCUUAUCAGCUGAGGUAAAUCUGUAGUUAUUGUAAUUCAUUAGAAUCGUGGCAAGAAGUAAUGAGUUAUCGCUUACUGUUGAAAUCGUUAAUGAUUUACAUAAUUACUAAUAUCUUUUAUUAAAGAUUCACUCUUACUCCCAAAUAAGAUGUAUCACAAUUAAUACCAUUGUUUUAAUUUACCGAAAAGGAUGAAUAAACAUCUCAGACAAUGGUUCUUAUAAAGGAUACCUGCCGAUGUUAAAUUUAAAAGGUGCAGAAAUAAUUGUAUUUCUACCUUUUGAGACGAAAAUUGAUCACUGUUAAUCUUUUAGGACCUACCAAUUAUUAAAUACACAGUUACAAUCUUGUAAUCAGUAAUUAACAUCUUCCACGAAUGCAUUAUUUAGUAAGCAGUUUAUUUCUCAAAAUCUACGUUUGUUAUACAUGUAUAUGUUUUGAUUACAAAUAUAAGUGUCACUUUAAAAGAACUGUAAAUAAAUGAUGAUAUCUAUGAUCUUCUAGAAAUAUAACACCACAGAUGCCCCUAUUCUCUGCUCUCACGGCAAACUAUGAUGUCAUAUUUCCUUCAUUUGUCAUAUAUACUGUGAGAUCUUUUACUAAUUGUCACCAUUAAUUUCUUUUAAAUAUAAAAUGAAUGUGUAGACUUGUUGCAUGUAUGAAAUACAUGUCCUUUAUUUUAUUGGUUAAAAAAUCCAAUUAAAAAAAGAUUUCUAAUAACUAUCUAGCAUACAUUAAAAUUGUUUUUAAAGAGUCCACUAAUAUGAGAGCCAUUCUAAGUGUCUUAUUACACAAUAUUUUCUCAUUAUUGCCCUUCUAUUUUUGUGUAUUAUAAUACUGAAUUUUUAGUCCAUCUAUUAAUGAAAUUACAAUAUAUAUUCUUAUCUGGUUUCAAGUAUUUUAUUGACUUUAUCUACAGGAUUUUAGCAAUUUACACUUGUUCUGUUAUGUAUUUCUUUCUUUUAUACAUAUACUUGUAUUGGUUGUUUUAAUGAACAUCUUACAAAUAUAACACUCCAUAUACAUGAGAAUAUUUAUUAUUUCAUUUUUCUCAUUUUAGUUAAAAUGGUGACUACCUGGGGCUGUUUUCAUAAAGCUUCUUUAAUGAAAAAUUUCAACUUAGUGAUUGUUUUUAUUUUUGAAUCAAAUACUUUCAAUACUGUCUAUUUUUCAUCAAAUUAAUUCACAAUUCAUGCCGUUACUUAUUACUUGGACUUUUUUCUUGGUUAUUUUAAUAUUUUUGGUGAAAACAUUGUUAGUUUUCUUAAAAAAUCAACUUAAUAAUUGAAAAAAUAAAAUUUCUCACUAUGUAGAUUUACUAAGAUUCUUAACUUGUUAGGUUUUUUAAAAAUCAACUUAAUAAUUGAAAAAAUAAAACUUCUCAAUAAGUAGAUUUACUUAGAUUCUACACGAGUACGGGUUCAGGAAUACAUACAGAAUUUGUUUCCAUUAGUGUUUGACCUUGGCAUGUUAAAGCAUCAAAUGUCACUAUUUAAAAAAAAUAAAAUUUGUGUGUAAUAAAAUAAGUUUUUUUAUGACUUUUACUGGUAUUACUAGUUAUUGCUGUUAAUGAAGUGUAAUACAUGUACAUUGAACCGCAACAAGCAGAAACUGGUCUGAUAGAAUGGUUAUAAAUGAUCAGUAUUGAGCAUCCUAUCAAAUAAUCAUGUUUUACACAUUUGUUUUAUUUUUAAACUACCUCAAAACUACCCAUGACCUUACAAACACACACCAUGAUGGGUAAACGGCAGGUCCAUUUUAGUUACAAGGAAACUUUUGUCAUAUUAUUUGCUUAAGAUAAUAUAAGUUUAUAUUUAAAUCAUUUUUUUUUAUUACCUCAGAAGUACCCAUGACUUUAAACCCACAUCAAACCAUGGGCACCUCUCUUCUAUAUCAAACAAAUAACAAGAAACUACGACAUUGUAUUGUUUUCUUGUGUCAUAUGCCAAUUUCUGCUUGUUGCUGUUCAUUUAAAAAUCAGUAGCGGAUUAAGUUUACUUUUUAUUUCUGUAUAUUGGAGAAUAUUAAAGCGAUAGAAUACGCUCAAAAUGCAACAUUUUUUACAAGUAAUUGCAAAUAUUUUGUAUCAUUUCAAUUUCAGUUCUGAGGGUGGAGUUGUAAGUAUGUACAUGUAAUAAUGAAAAAUCAAUGGUUAAAUGAGGCACAGUAGCAUAACCAUUUAUUUUUAUUUGCUAACAGUUUUUAACUAGGAAUCAGUGGUUUAAAUCAACAAAUUCACUUAACCAUUUAAGUACAUAUUAACAAUCUUUGACUAUUUCAGUGGUCUACAUGUUAUUUUGUAAUUUACCUACUAAAUGGGCCAGCCGCUCUUUAUAUCUAUUGCUUCGCCUGAUUUUAUUCAGUAAUGGCUAACUGUUUUAUUAUAGAGUAAAGAUAUGUAUAUUUACAGCUUGUUUCUGCCUAUUUUACAUUUUUUACAUGUUUUGUCCGUAAAAUCUGACACGGGUGCAACUAUUUCCAUUCAUAUUUACUUCACCAAUCAUAAAUGGCAAAUUAUGUGCAAUAUUUAUGUAUUUAGAAUUAUCACCCAUCAAUAAAUCAACACGAGAUCAGUAUUUCUGAGAAACAAAUCAUGAUACAUCCAUACAUACUCGCAAUAUAAAUAUAAUACAGUGCCAUACUUUAGUAAUGCUACUGAUUUUUUGACCGUUUGUUUUCAGUCAAACACCCAAAAGUAACAUCUUUUUUAAACAAGGUUUGACUGAAUGAGAUGAAUUUGAUUAAUGUUCAAAAUAUUGUCUUGGUUUUAUUCACUCCUGAACUAGUACACAAGAAAUUUUCAGUAUUUUUUCAAAAUUGAAGCAGAGACAGUUUGUUAGAAUGUAUAAGUUUGCAGAAAACUAUCAUUUGCAUAAUGUUUGUUGUUUGCUUAAAAAUAAUUGAAGAAAACAUAUCAUUCUUAGAACUUGAACUGUCAUGUGAGCAUUGCUUAGAUCUACUGAUGAUACAAUACUGUCUAUAUGUAUUUCAAUUGGCUCUUUGAUUUCAAUAUGCUAUGGUAUUGUUGUUAUGAUUACAAUGGAUGCUUUUGAUAAUAAUAAAUGAAAAACUAUCUUCCA